CACUAUGGAUGUGAGACGUGUGCUCGUUAUUCUCUGUUCCUUGUAUAUGCAAUGUACACACAGUCAAUCUGUUUCUGUAACUGUUGCCACAGACAAAGAAAUAGGAUUGAUAGAUAACCGUUUCGUUGGAGUGACAUUUGAUUCAACAAUGCUACCAAUAUCAGCUAAUUGGUAUGGACUUGAUUUCAGCUCACACAAAGUGCAGAUCCUGGCGGAAGGAAUGGCUCCAUGCUACCUGAGGAUUGGGGGAACGCCGGGGGACUUCAUGACUUUUGACCCAACAGGUCAUGGGGGUGGAAGUGCAAACUCCACAUAUACUGGUGCUAUGUGGGACAAUCUUAAUUACUUUCUGGCGAUUGUGGGAUGGGACCUGGUGUUUGGCCUCAACGUACUGAAGAGAAAGGACGGACAAUGGGACCCUACAAACGCCUUAGAACUGAUGAAGUAUACCAAUUCCAGGAACUACACCAUACCGGCAUUUGAACUCGGAAAUGAACCUGCAUGUUUCCCCCCGCCCUUCAACAACACAAUAUCUGGAACACAGCUGGGGCGAGAUUUUGUCCAUCUGAGGAAAAUCCUCAAGUCUACUCCCGGGUUUAAUUCUACUCUGGUGAUCGGACCCGACGUAACAGCAGUCUUUGGACAUAAAUUAGAAUUUCUUAAAACUUUCUUUGAAGGGGAAGGAAGAAAACCUCUCGACAGAAUAUCCUUCCACCAGUACUACGGCCCCGAAGGCAUUGCCAAAGUGGGCACCUUCAUUGACCCUGAAGUGAUGGACCGUUUAAUAAUUUCUAUUGACACUGUACGCAACAUCACCAUCCCCGCCGACCCCAACACUCCCAUGUGGCUCGGUGAGACAUCGUCUUUCUCGGGAGGGGGAGCCCCGGGACUUUCUAACAGAUAUGUGGCCGGCUUUCUAUGGUUAGACAAGCUCGGGAUUGCAGCACGGAUGGGACUUAAAGGGGUGUUAAGACAAUCGUUCUAUGGAAAGAAUUAUUCACUCAUCGAGAUGGACACGUUUGAUCCCUACCCAGACUACUGGCUGACGUUGCUCUAUAAGAGGCUGGUUGGGUACAAGGUGUUAUCUGUGCAGACCAACUCAACCAACAGUUUCAGAGUCUACGCCCACUGUGCCAGACAGGAAAGUCCCUACAGGUAUCAACCAGGUAGUGUUGUAGCUUAUAUCGUCAACGUCAACAACUACACCACCGUCGUCAACUUCCCUCAGUUCAAGACCAAUAUGGAUGUUUUCUGGCUCAGUCCAGAGUUCCCAGAUCUUACUUCGAGGAAUGUAACUCUAAAUGGCAAACGACUGGAUUAUGUGAACGACACCAUCCCCGAAAUGCCUCCCGAACGAGCUUAUGGUGGGAGCCUCCAGAUACCAGCCACGACCUUCGGAUUCGUUGUGUUCCCUGAUGCUGGUGUGGAUGUCUGUCAGCAGGACUGACUGUGUUGUAACGUGUAACCACACGAUAUAAAACAGUUCCAUUACA